AUGAAGGAGCCCCCUCAUACGCAUUAUUUGAGCCCAAAUGAAACCCACUCAGAAAGAAUAUUCACGUCCUUGGUGAAGUGUUUGGCUUCUUAUCGAUUUAGCAUUGCGCUACCGUUGAAACAUCCGAGCAUUCCUCGGAGAUUCUUGGAUCAUGGCUCAAACACGAUUUUGGUACUUGGAACGCCGAUUGUCGAAAGAUCUCUUUCCCAGCAAUAUAAGGAGUUCAUGGGAGAUUGCCUUACGAGACUACAUAUAGAAGUAAUCCCGAUGAAUCAAAUAAUGAGUCCAUAUUGUUACUAA